AUGCAGCCCGGUGUAGGUUUCAGGGGUUGGAGCGCAGCAGGACCGCGCGGGGAGGGCACACGCGCCCCUCUCCCUCCCGGGGCACCCCUGCCGCGGGCUCGCGGGGCGCCGCUCGCUCGCGCAGACCGGGGCGAGCCGGGCGGAUCAUAAGAUCCGUGCUCGAGCGCGGAGGGGCCGCUGCUGCCAGACGCGAAGUGGAGCCGGAAGUGGGCGGUUGGAGAUAGAGAGUGAAAGAGCGAAACAGACAGACCGAGAACUGCGUAACUGACUCGGGGUUAGGGGAGAAACUGGGAGAGAGAGAGAGGUCUGUUACUGGGGUUGUGCUAGGGAGAGCCUUCUGCUUGACUUUUUUUAUGUGAAAAAGAAUACUUCCGUCGAGCGUCCGGCUGAGGUUUGUGGCGAUACUCUCCAAAAUCUCCCUGCUUUUACAUGGUAACAGAAAGCUAAGGCCAGAGGGUGCUGAAGAUGGCAGUGUGGAUCCAGGCCCAGCAGCUCCAAGGGGAGGCUCUGCACCAGAUGCAGUCCCUGUACGGGCAGCACUUUCCUAUUGAGGUCCGCCACUACCUGUCCCAGUGGAUCGAAAGCCAGAUGUGGGAUUCCAUUGAUUUGGAGAAUCCUCAGGAGGAAUUCAAGGCCAAACGGCUGCUGGACAGUUUGAUCCAGGAGCUCCAGAAAAAAGCAGAACACCAAGUUGGUGAAGAUGGUUUCCUGUUGAAGAUCAAACUUGGGCACUACGCAAGUCAGCUCAAGAGUACGUACGACCGCUGCCCGCUGGAGCUAGUGCGAUGUAUAAAACACAUUCUCUACACUGAGCAGAGACUGGUGCGAGAGGCAACAAAUUCGAGCUCUCCGGGAGGAGGGCUGCUGGACAGCAUGUCUCAGAAGUACCAGCAGAUCAACCAGGCCUUCGAGGAGCUGCGCGUGAUGACCCAGGACACGGAGAACGACCUCCGCAAGCUGCAGCACAACCAGGAGUACUUCAUCAUCCAGUAUCAGGAGAGCCUACGCAUCCAGGCCCAGCUGACUAGCCUGUCCACUCUGCCCCCUGCGGACCGCCUGUUGAGGGAACCCAGCCUGCAGACCAAGAGGGCCACUGUGGAGGCCUGGCUCACUCGGGAGGCCAACACACUACAGAAAUACAGACUGGACCUGGCCGAGAAGCAUCAGAAGACUCUGCAGACGCUCAGGAAGCAGCAGACUGUCAUCCUGGAUGACGAGCUGAUCCAGUGGAAGAGGCGGCAGCAGCUGGCGGGGAAUGGGGGGCCCCCCGAGGGGGGAUUGGAUGUGCUGCAGUCCUGGUGUGAAAAGCUGGCGGAGACCAUCUGGCAGAACCGGCAACAGAUCCGAAGGGCUGAGCACCUCCGCCAGCAGCUGCCCAUCCCCGGGCCUAUCGAGGAGCUGCUGACCGAGCUCAACGGCACAAUCACAGACAUCAUAUCUGCACUAGUCACAAGCACCUUCAUCAUCGAGAAGCAGCCCCCGCAGGUCCUGAAGACGCAGACGAAGUUCGCGGCCACGGUGCGGCUGCUGGUGGGGGGGAAGCUGAACGUGCACAUGAACCCCCCGCAGGUCAAGGCCACCAUCAUCAGCGAGCAGCAAGCCAAGGCCCUGCUGAAGAACGAGAACACCCGGAAUGACAGCAGUGGAGAGAUCCUCAACAAUAACUGUGUCAUGGAGUACCACCAAACCACUGGAACUCUCAGUGCCCACUUUAGAAAUAUGUCUUUGAAAAGGAUCAAGCGUUCCGAUCGACGGGGGGCGGAGUCCGUGACGGAGGAGAAAUUCACCAUCCUGUUCGAGUCGCAGUUCAGCGUUGGGGGGAACGAGCUGGUGUUUCAAGUCAAGACGUUAUCACUUCCAGUUGUGGUGAUUGUCCAUGGCAGCCAAGACAACAAUGCCACAGCGACAGUAUUGUGGGACAACGCCUUUGCUGAACCGAUCUCCUCUGUGCUUUCGCAGGGGAGGGUGCCCUUCAUCGUCCCGGACAAGGUGCUGUGGCCGCAGCUGUGCGAGGCGCUCAACAUGAAGUUCAAGGCGGAGGUGCAGAGCACAAGGGGGCUGUCGGAGGAGAACCUAGUCUUUCUGGCUCAGAAGGCCUUCAGCAGCACCAGCGUCAACCCAGAGGACUACCGCAGCAUGACCAUGUCCUGGUCACAGUUCAACAGGGAAAGCUUACCUGGUCGAAACUUCACGUUCUGGCAGUGGUUUGAUGGAGUUAUGGAGCUCACGAAAAAGCACCUGAAACCCCAUUGGAACGAUGGCGCGAUACUGGGAUUCGUGAACAAGCAGCAGGCCCAGGACAUGUUGAUGUCGAAACCCAAUGGCACCUUCCUGCUGCGAUUCAGCGACUCUGAGAUUGGAGGGAUAACCAUAGCUUGGGUGGCCGAAAACCCCAAUAAAGCAGGGGAGAGGAUGGUGUGGAACCUGAUGCCCUACACGACCAAAGAUUUCUCCAUCCGCUCUUUGGCUGAUCGCAUCAGCGACCUCAACCAUCUGCUGUUCCUGUAUCCCGACCGGCCGAAGGACGACGUCUUCUCCAAAUACUACACCCCUCCUCUCUCAAAACAAGUGGAUGGGUAUGUGAAGCCACAGAUUAAACAGGUUGUGCCAGAGUUUGCGACUGCACCUCCUGACCCAUCUGGGGCAAAUGCCACCUAUAUGGAUCACGCGGCCUCUCCAUCCGUCAGUCACCCACACACCUAUGGCAUAUACCCCACCACGAAUGACACCAUGCUGGAUGCGGAUGGGGAGUUUGACCUGGAUGACACCAUGGACGUGGCCAGACAUGUGGAAGAGCUGUUGCGUCGCCCAAUGGAGAGUCAGUGGAUUGGACACACCCAAUCGUGACCUCUGACCCCUCACUGCCCCCCUCAGCCCCAGAAAGAAGUCAUCCCCAACAUUUUUGGAUGGUUUAAUUCCAUUGUUUGUUUAAUCUCAUUUUAUUUUAUUUUUAUUUUAUUUUAAAGAACCAUAAUGUGAAAUGUUAAUAAUGGUUGUGAGUCUAAUAUUGUUUUUCAGCAUGGUAAUUGAAUUGCAAUUCAUUCUCUUUUCCUUCGCACCUGUAAAACACAGACAUAAAAGAAACGCAGCAGUUUACACUGCUAAAGAUAUCGCUAUCAUAUUGUAAAAAGCCAUUCGCUGUUGCAUGUUUGUUUUUUUACAGCUUCUUUUGCGUUUUAAGAAAGUGUCACAAAAAAACUACUGUACAAAAAAAAACUAAACCGUUUUAACAGUCUGUAUUCUGAUGCAAUGGUUCAGUGAAAUUGUCUACACCUAUAUUUGAUUCACUGCCUUCUCAUCACAAAAUAAUUUUUAAUUAUGAAUUCACUUAGGUUCUGCUGGUUUUUAGUUCCAAGGAUUUGGUGUUUUGUUGUGCGAUUUGUGUUUAAAGUAACGUUUUGUGUUAUGUUCAAGUGAUGAGAUAAUGGUGCCGCAUUUCCAAUCCAUCUGGGUUGUCAAAGUGCUUGAGGGUGAAGGAGGGAGAAGGUGAGGCUGUAAGCUGCCUGUAUAUAACUGUGCCUGUUGGGGAACAGGGAGUUGUCUGUGGCUUGGAACCUCAGGGGCAGAAAGCUCUCUUUGUGGGCGUCUGUCUUCUGCCUUAAGAGAUCGAAACUACUCUGCGGCUGCCCUGUUGGCUCAGAUGCACAACAUGAAUUAUUUUGAAGUAGGAGUUGUGCUCUAAGAGUACUGAUGGGCUUUAUUUUUUUGUUUUUUUUAUAUCCCUCCCCAAUUAGAAAUUGCCAGUUGUCUCUUUACCUCUCUACUCACAGCAGCAACUCCUGUGCUACACAGGAGAACAGUAGGGGACAGGGGGGCAGUCUCUCCUGACCCCCCCUCACCCAUCAGGGCCACCCAUCUUCUGACUCUGACCCAUCUUGUGCCUGACAGGAGUUACUGUAGACUGGAGGAGCAGCGUGUGUCUCGUUGACGUCCCGGCAAGCCUACAGGUGACUGGGAGUUGCAUACAGGAGCCGCUAUUUUAAAAAGAAACGAGACAGCCGUGGCAGACUAAUCGUAAAUCCACCCCUGAUGGCACUCUGCCACUUGUGUGCCACCUUUUUGGAACUUCUGGUCGCAGUCAGUUACUGAUAUGACCCAGGAUCAACUUUCAACUUAAUAAAUAAUAGAGCACAGCCCCCGAUGGCCUUAAUUUGCGGAUUGUGCACUGUGACUAGAGUGAGGUUGUUGAGGUUCCAGGCCUGCAAGAGAGCCCCUUUCUCCUGUAGGGGACUUUUAAUCAUGCUGAGCAUUGAAGGUUUCAUACAGUGCUCCGUUUGCUGUUUUCCUAUAUGUUCAAAGACACAGUACACUAAAGAGACAACCGCUCACUAUGUAGGACUUGAGAUUAUGGAAGCAUAGUUUUUAUGUUUAAAUGCCCACAUGUAAGCUCAGGCAGUAUUAAGUCCAUUGUGCACUGGAUCCAAUUCCUGUACUAUGUUUGUCUGAAAAAGCAGAAGUUAAUUUCAUUGCAUGUUCAGUUUGUUAGUCAUUUAAAUGUCAGGGCUUGUAUCUUUAGCAAUCUUUUGCUGUAAAGAAAACAAAGUACUAGACAUCAAAAGCUAACAAAAAGUGAUACCAUGCACAUCCAAAAUGUAGGAGAUUGGACUGGAUGCAUGUUUCAUUGGUCAUUUUUAUUUUAAUAUACAUAUAAUGUAUGCCCUAUUUAACUCUGAUUCCUUGCUUAAUGCAGCAUUUCUUUUUUUUUAUCCUAGUCUGACAUUUUUCCUUAAAAGUUGUUUUAAGAUCAACUAUAGACCAUGGCUGCUGUUCCAGAGUCAGGCUUCCUAGACGGCAACGUGGAGUUGUGGGAGUACAUGCUUUUGCACAGUGUCAUUGUAGUGUAAAAUGAGCUUAUAUAAAUUUCCAAAAGCCACCUGCUGCAGUCUCGAUGGACAAGGAGUGACAGGAAACGUGCAUAGUCCGUAAUUUAGUCAGGGCUUGAGAAUUCCACUUGUUAAAUCAAGAGCAGGAUUGGAUUUGGUGUGCAGUGGCUUUUAGGAUCUUGUUUCUAUUUGUCCCUGUAGGAAAGACAUCUUGAUUACCCAUCCCAUGACGCUUUUUGAAGAAGAAAAUCUAACACAGAAUAAGGCUGCUAUCUGUUUUCUAGCCCUUUGAUGAGGAAUCUUUCCCAGAUUUUGCAUGGAAAUUCAUGCAAAGCCAUGUUUUUUUUCAACCAGUCACUCCUCUUUUUCUGUUGUUCCCCCCUUUAAGAUGCAGAAUUGGACAUAGCCGUCCUGUUUUUCUUUAUUCUUUUUUUAUCAUCAUACAAAGAAAUAAAACUGUGCACACCUCUGCACACAAUCCCUUACAAACCAGAAGGUUAACAUUGCAUCACUCUGCCUCAACUCUUCCUAUCAUGAUUGCUCAGAACGUAAAAGGCUCUCAGGUAUGGAAUGGAUUAUGGUUUCAGAGAGCUGUAACAUAAGUAUAGAAAUGCAAGGAGAAAUAUAUAAAUAUAUUUUCUUUAAAAUAAUGCUAUUUUAUUACCGUGUAAAUGUCUUUGCAUAUUAUUCUAAUCAUGACUCAUUUCCAAUAAAAAAAAUAGCUGCCACCACUUUUCAGACUUGCAUUGAAAUAUUGAGCAAAAGCCAUCUCUGUUGAUUAAUGGCAAACUUGGAAUUCUAUGGUACACAGCUUUAGUAUAAAUUGAGAGAGAUGACUUCUUCUUUCAAACAAUCCACUGUCUCCAUCAAAAGGUUUAUAUCUGUGUACUCCCUUGCUCAAAGAGUCUGAAAAGAAACAGGGAAGUUGUGUUUUUUUCUAGUUCCUAUUGCUAGUAUUUCACCAAGCGUGUUUAAUCUUGACUAUAUUAGGUAACGCUCUGCUCUGUUUUAUGUUUGUUUAUUAUUUGUGUUGUGUUUUACUAUGUGGAUGUAAGCCAAGAAAAAAAAACAAUUGGAAUAAAGUUUUAUAAAUAAUUUUAACAGUAAAAAAAUCUUCUGAAAUAAAUGCUGCUGUAGAUGUGGAUUAACAGCCGUUCAUCUGA